UGUGCAGAACUCGGCACUCCCGACUCCUUCUUCUCCUCCCGGCUAGUCUUAGUGCCCGGCUGUCCGGCGCGCAGGGGGUUAAGCACCUCCCGUGCAGAGCGAGGGGGCUGAGCUGGGGAGCUGCAGCUCGGUGCUCGCAUUCAGAUCCGCUAGAGCAGGAAGAUGGCGACGGACGGGGCAAGCUGCGAGUCUGACUUCUCCCGCACCACGGAGGACCCAGCGGGAGCCCCGGCAGCGGCGGCGGCGGCGGCGGCGAAAAAAGAAUUUGAUGUGGACACACUCAGUAAACCAGAGCUGCGAAUGCUCCUUAGUGUAAUGGAAGGAGAACUGGAAGCUAGAGACCUUGUCAUAGAGGCCUUGAGGGCACGAAGGAAGGAGGUGUUUAUUCAGGAACGAUAUGGAAGAUUUAACCUAAAUGACCCAUUCCUGGCUCUGCAGAGGGACUAUGAAGCAGGUGCUGGUGAUGCAGAGAAGCCAGUUUGUACCAACCCACUCUCCAUUUUGGAUGCUGUCAUGGCUCAUUGCAGGAAAAUGCAGGCGAGAAUGGCUACACAGCUCGCUGCUGCUGAAAACAGACAAAAGAAGCUGGAAAUGGAAAAGCUGCAAUUACAGACACUGGAGCAGGAGCACAAGAAGUUAUCUGCUCGCCUCGAGGAUGAACGUGGCAAAAAUAAGCAUGUCGUCUUAAUGCUGGUCAAGGAGUGUAAACAGUUAUCUGGUAAAAUCAUCGAGGAAGCCCAGAAGCUGGAAGAAGUCAUGGCCAGUCUUGAAGAGGAAAAGAAAAAGACAAACGAAUUAGAGGAAGCACUUUCUGCAGAGAAACAAAGAAGUGCUGAGAUGGAAGCACAGAUGGAGAAACAACUCUCUGAAUUUGACACAGAGAGGGAACAACUCCGGGCCAAGCUUAACAGAGAGGAAGCGCACACUACUGACCUCAAAGAAGAGAUAGACAAGAUGAAAAAAAUGAUUGAGCAACUGAAGAGGGGGCAUGAUAGCAAACCGAGCCUUUCUCUUCCCCGCAAGACAAAAGACAAACGUUUGGUUUCUGUAUCUGUGGGAACGGAAGGAUCUACAUCAAGGUCGGUUGCUUGCCAGACCGACACAGUGGAUAGUACUGACCAUGUUAAGAAGUUGCCUUUGACUGUACCCAUAAAGCCUUCAACAGCAAGUCCCCUCGCUUCUGGCAGUGCAAAAGGGAGUGUUUGCACCAAUGCCACUUUUGUAAAGCCAGUUAUUGACAGGCAGUCUUCCUACAGUGAUUUGAUUCCUCCCCCUACACCUACUAUCCCACCUCCGAGUCCAAACAGAAUGGAGGAAAAUGGACCAAGUACUGGCUCAACACCAGUUUUACCAAGUAGCACAUCCCCCCUUCCCAGUAAUGCUGCCCCUCCCACCUCUCCAGCACCAAGCAUAGCUUCUCAGAACUAUUCACUAGCUUCAUCUAUGCACAGUUCACAUUCACCAUGUGCCAAUGCAUCUUUGCAUCCAGGUCCAAACCCACGUGUCCAAGCAGCUAGAUUUAGAUUUCAGGGCAAUGCCAAUGACCAGGACCAAAAUGGAAAUACUACCCAAAGCCCUCCAUCAAGAGAUGUCUCUCCCACGAGUCGUGACAACCUAGUAGCCAAACAGCUAGCUCGGAAUACUGUAACCCAAGCACUGUCAAGAUUUACAAGCCCUCAAGCAGGGGCUCCGGUGAGGCCUGGAGCACCCCAUCCAGUAGAAGCUGGCACCUGUCCCCCUGUUGGUAGAAUGAGUUUAAAGACUCCCAGUGUACCAAGAGUUGACCGAGGAAAUCCUCCUCCCAUCCCUCCAAAAAAGCCAGGGCUCUCCCAGACACCUUCACCACCACACCCUCAGAUCAAAGUUAUUAUGGAUAGCAGCAGAUCCUCUAAUUCAGGGGCCAAAGUUGAUAACAAAACCACGGCUUCAUCUCCUUCCAGUUCACCACAAGGAAUUAGGGUAAUCAAUGAGGAAAACCUCUCUAAGUCACCCUCCCCUCAGCUGCCACCAAAACCAACCAUAGAUUUAACUGUGGCACCUGCAGGCUGUGCCAUUUCAGCCAUGGCCACUUCUCAGGUGGGUGCCUGGCCUUCUGAAACCCCUGGACUGAGCCAACCUGCAUGUUCAGAACAUCCCCUUGUCAUUCCCACCACCAUUGCCUGUAGCUCCUCCAUAAACCCCGUUAGUGCCUCAUCCCGUAGACCAUGUGCCUCAGACAGCCUCCUGGUAACAGCAUCAGGCUGGUCACCCUCCCUAACCCCUUUGCUAAUGAGUGGUGGUCCUGCCUCCCUGGCUGGCAGGUCCACCCUUCUUCAGCAAGCUGCUGCCCAGGGAAAUGUCACUUUAUUAUCAAUGCUGCUUAAUGAAGAAGGACUGGACAUUAAUUACUCCUGUGAAGAUGGCUCUUCUGCCUUGUAUUCUGCUGCUAAGAAUGGACAUACAGACUGUGUGAGAUUGCUGCUGAAUGCAGAAGCACAAGUUAAUACUGCUGAUAAAAAUGGCUUCACACCCUUGUGUUCAGCAGCUGCUCAGGGACAUUUCAAGUGUGCAGAAUUACUAAUUGCAUGUCAUGCUGACAUUAACCAUGCUGCUGAAGGAGGACAAACACCUCUAUACCUGGCCUGUAGAAAUGGAAAUAAUGAAUGUAUUAAACUGUUGUUGGAAGCUGGAACAGACCGAAAUGUAAAAACCAGUGAUGGUUGGACCCCAAUUCAUGCUGCUGUGGAUUCUGGUAAUGUGGAUGGCCUGAAGCUCCUUAUGUACUAUAGGGUACCUGAUAAUGGAAACCUUAUGUGUGAUAUGGAGCCCCAUUCAGGCAUUUUUGACUUGGAUUGCAGAGAGGAGAAUUCUGACUGUCAAGCCAAGCCUGUUGUUCCUACAGAUCUCAUCAACCAUGCUGACAAAGAAGGCUGGACUGCUGCCCACAUAGCUGCAUCAAAAGGCCUUAAGAACUGCCUAGAAAUCUUAUGUAGCCACGGUGGACUUGAGGCUGAAAAGAGAGAUAAGUGCAAUCGGACUGUGCAUGAUGUUGCUACUGAUGACUGCAAACAUCUCCUAGAGAACUUGAAUGCUCUUAAAAUACUUUUAAGGAUCUCAAUUAGUGAAAAACAGCCAGCCAACUAUGCUGCUGAUGACUUUGAAACAGAAAACACAAUAUGUGCUUUAAAUAUCCACAAACAGACAACAUGGGAUGAUCUUUCGAAAGCAGUGAGUCAGGCUCUGACAAACCAUUUCCAGGCAAUCUCUUCUGAUGGAUGGAGAAGUCUGGAGAACUUGACGUUUAAUAACGCUACUGAAUCCAGCAUCGGCCUAAAUCUGAACAGCAUCCAAUCCAUCAAGCUAGGAAAUAUGUCAUGGUCAACAGGCCAGAUUUUGCCUCAAUCACCAUGGGAUUUUAUGAGGAAAAAUAAAGCUGACCAUAUUACUGUGUUUUUGUCAGGACCUCAAGAAGGCUGCCUCAGCAGUGUGACUUAUGCAUCCAUGAUCCCUCUCCAGAUCCUACAAAACUACCUCCGACUGGUUGAGCAAUAUCAUAAUGUUAUCUUUCAUGGCCCAGAAGGAAGCUUACAAGACUACAUAGCACAUCAGAUUGCACUCUGCAUGAAGCAAAAGCAAACAGCUGCAGGAUUCACCUGUGAAAUAGUGAGAGCUGAAGUGGAUGCUGAUUUCUCCAAGCAUCAGCUAGUAGAAUUAUUCAUCAGUAGUGCUUGUCUCAUCCCAGUGAAACAACCUCCUGUAAGUAAGAAAGUCAUCAUUGUCUUGGAGAAUUUGGAAAAAGCUUCAUUAUCUGAGCUAUUGGGAGACUUUCUGGCACCACUUGAAAAUCGUGGCACUGAAAACCCGUGUACUUUUCAAAAAGGAAAUGGAACCUCUGAAUCCUAUUACUUUCACGAGAACUGCUUUCUGUUGGGGACAAUUGCCAAAUCCCGUCUCCAGGGCUCUGAUUUGUUGGUCCAGCAACAUUUCCGUUGGGUUCAGCUAAGAUGGGAUGGAGAACCAAUGCGUGGCUUGCUACAGAGGUUUUUAAGAAGGAAAGUUAUGAAUAAGUUCAGAGGUAAAGUGCCCUCACCCUGUGACCCCGUGUGUAAGGUCAUAGAAUGGACUCUUACUGUCUGGCACCAGCUGAACUCCUGCUUGUCUCAGUUAGGCACACCUGAAGCACUGAUUGGGCCGAAAUAUUUCCUCUCUUGUCCAGUAGUUCCAGGACAUGCUCAGGCAACAGUGAAGUGGAUGUCCAAAUUGUGGAAUGCUGUCAUUGCUCCCAGAGUUCAAGAAGCAAUAUUGUCAAGAGCAUCUGUGAAAAGGCAGAUUGGCCUGGGACAGACAACUGCUCGAAAACAACCCAGCCAAGGACAGCAAGCUGUGGUGAAGGCUGCUCUCAGUAUUUUGCUAAAUAAGGCAGUUCUGCAUGGCUGUCCUCUUCCCAGAGCAGAGCUAGAUCAGUAUAUAGCUGAUUUCAAAGGAGGAAGCUUCCCUCUCUCCAUGGUUUCAAGUUACAAUUGUAGCAAGAAGAAAGGAGAUAGUAACUCCUGGAGAAAGGUGAACACUAGUCCCCGAAAGAAGUCUGGCCAUGCCACAUCACAAGCCUGGAGCAAACAAGAGAUAAGUCCAGAAGGUACAAAAAGUAAGAACACAUCGCAGCCAAAUUGCAACCGAAUUGCUUCUCUAAUGAAACAAAACUCUUUAGAGAAUGACCAUCCACAAGGAUUGAAUCUAGAUCAACGAUUGUCUCUUGGCUCAGAUGAUGAGGUAGACCUUGUGAGAGAACUUCAGAGUAUGUGUUCCAGCAAAUCUGAAUCUGAUAUCAGCAAGAUUGCAGAUUCCAGGGAUGAUUUACGGAUAUUUGGUUGCUCACGAAAUAACCCUGGAUUUUCAGCAGCCAUUCUUAAUCCAAGCGUGCCAGUGUCACAAAAGGAUGUCUGUCCUCUCAGCAGCGGUCCAACUGUAGAAUGCAGCAACAGCAAACCAAAAACUGAGUUGGGUGUUUCAAGAGUAAAAUCUUUUCUCCCUGUACCUAGAAGUAAAGUCACCCAGUGUUCUCAGAGCACCAAAAGAAACAGCAGCAGCAGCAGUAAUACAAGGCAAAUAGAAGUAAAUAACAACUCAAAAGAAGAAAUUUGGAACUUACACAAAAAUGUGCCAAUAGAAAAAACAAAUAGAUCUGCCUACAAUUUUCUCACCAUUUACUUAUUCUGUACAUUUCAUAUAAAAAACAAGGAAAAUAGAUGUAAAUAGCUUUUUGAAAAACUGCUUCAUUGUACAUAUUGUAUGUGUAUGGGACCACAAUUCAAUUUUUAUGUAAAGAACUUGUUUAUAGCCAAUGUUUUAUCACUUUUUUUCCCUGAAAAUUCUGUAGGAUUAAACUUCGAUAUCAAGAAGUUAAACCAAGUUUUCAAGUAGUUUUCUAUUAUGAAAAUUGUAAUCGCUUAAAUUGAAGAUAUUCAGGGGUAUUGCCACAGAAUUAUCUGUAUACUGUAUAUAUAUACUCAAUGAAGUUCAUAUAUCAUUGCAUACUAUGUGGUGCAAAAUAUGUAUAGUAUUAGUGUAGAGCAAAUGUACAUGCAAUUUAAAGAUGGAGAUGAUGAUUUUAUCCUCACUUGAUGGGGAGUAAAUGGAAUGUGGCAAUAACAAGUUAUUUGAAAAUACACUUUCUUUCCAUUACAAGCCAUAUUAAAUAUUUUGAUUAACCACAAACUCUGCCUGUUAAAUUCUGGUUUUGCAUUUUUCUUAUAUUGGUCAUAUUGCUAUUUGGUUGCAUCAUGUAUAUUAAUGCUAUGAGUUUGCAUUAUGGCUCCUGUAAAGAAUGAAAUUCUAAUGCAAUAAAUAUGUUAUCUUUUUUAUAAAAUUUCUGCUCUUAAAUGGAUAUGAAAAAUACCUAUAUUUCCCCAGUCUAUUUAAAAAGCAAUUUAACAAAUAACUCUAGAAAUGAUCUGCAGUAUCUACAUUAGAUCUAGUAAAAGGAAAGCUAAUGAUAACUUAAAGAAAAUAUGCUAGUUUUUUUUCUUCUGGAAUUACUAGUGAAAUAUCUAUUGCAUAAAAACUACAAUAAAUGUGUUACACAUAUC